UUUUAUUUUAAAUUGAAUUCAAAUGACGUUAAUUUUGAAUUAAUUUCGUAGCGUUGCGAUUUCUGAUCAUCGCGCAUAGUUCAAGUAGCUUUUUUUUCAUUUAUAAAUAGUAACUUUACAUUAGAUUCAUUUUAAGAAUUAGCGUUGCGAUAUAUUUCAUCGAGAUGGUUUUAAUAGCUUUUUCGAUUAGUGUUGCGUUGAUGAAUGAUCGCGUUUCUAUGCGUAGUGUUGCGUCUAUGAAAUGCCCAAACUUCUUCCACUGAGAUUGUGGAAACCUGUUCCUGUUCCUGAAUCACCUGACGCAACGAAGACAGUUGCAAAAAGGUGGUUAAGCAUCGGCAGUUUUGAAUGUAACUGCGCUUCGACAUUUCGAUAUUAGCGUUGCGUAUGUUGAAAUAUGAGUGCAUACGUUAGUAUUUAUUAGUGUUGCGUAAAUGAUUAAAACACGCUACUGCGGUGUAUGCUCCCGCGAUUUUUCAUGUUUCUUUCUUUUUUUUUGUCACUAACAAAUUAAAUAGCAUUGCAAAUAUGAUAAAGCACUCCUCGCGAUUUAUUUCGAAAAAUUUCUAUUUUAUGAUUAUGGAUUUAGUAAAUUAGUGUUGCGAAAUAGAAAAAUAUUUUCCACUCGCGGUAUGUUCGGGAUUCUAUCGAGUGGAUCGCCCUUCUGGCUAUUGGAUUUAUUUCUUUUUCAGCAUCCCUCUGGGCGUUCGUUAAUGGAAAUACUGUUGAACAGUAUAUCUGUUUGAUAUAUUUUUGUUGUUGCAUUUAUUUAAAAUUAUUAUAAAUAAUCUUAUUUCAUAAUUAUAUAUAUAUAUUGUAUAUCAAAAAAAAUGAGAGUUGAUAUAUCAAUAUGUUUGAAUUAUAUGAUGCAAAAAUUUCACCCUAUCAGCAAACAAAUUCCUACUCUGACAUAAUUAUAAUCGUCGUGACGCGACGUUAUACAUUGCAGAGGGCGUGAAAAAUACUCUGAUUCUUUCCGAAGUCGGUAUUUCAGAACGCGAAACGCGAAGACUCAUUUAAUAUCGCGUUUAUGUUGUUUUUAGUCAAUGGUGGUAUACAUAUCACUAUUAUACUCGAUCGAUAACGUCGCAUGCGAUACGAAAAUGGUAUAGGAAAACGUGAUAGGUGAUUCCCAAAACAUGAGACACGAAAAAGCAUUAAACGUCACAUCUAUUCUGUAUCUUAUCGAUGCAUAUAUAUAUGCGCGUUUAUAUAUUAUCCGUGGUACUUUCAUGGUUAUCAAUAGAAGUUCAUGAUGUUUUAUAUUCAGAAAUUUCUAACUUUCUGUGUAAGAUGGCGUGAUAUUCGUAUUUUAAAACCGGGAAUACAAAUUGCAGAUUUUAAUUUUAAAUUAUAUCACGAGGUAUAAGAAAAAUAUACUCGGCAUUCUCAGUUACAUUCUGCAUAUCAUAAUUACGAUUAUGUGUCGUCCUUUGUAUUAUUUCAUCGAAAUUAUAGAUGUGUACUGAAACUUUUGCGAAGACCGCAAUUUGACUUGUAAAAGAAGGGAGAGAAAAAAGAAAAGGAAGAACAUUACAUCGAAUAUAGAAGGAAAAUCAUAUACAGUAGUUUUAACAAAGUUGCAUAUUUUCGUAACUACAGUUAUCUCUCCACGCGGUAAGUUAUUUCGCCACUCCCAGUGAAAAGAAGUUACACGAAGUACCUAACUAUCAUAAAGUUUCAAUCACUGUGAAUUGUCACGAUCCUCCCACUGCGGUAGGAUAACUAUCAUUUAUGUUUUCGAUCGAUUUUCCGUUAGACUGUAGCGACAUUUUUUGCGAUUUUUUGUCGUCGCAUUUGUCCAAGCGACUCGUGCUAGAAGUCGUGCUAGAACUCGUGCUAGAAUAAAUCUGUUUUAUUGUAAGUCAUACGAUUUGGCAAAGAAACAAGUUCGUUUGAAAUUCGCAUCGAGCCAUGGAAAUGAGUGAUCAACAAUUCUCUGGUAAAGAGUACGAUGAAUUGAUUAAACCAAUCAUGAUAACCGCGAAAAUAAUUUCCAUCUGGCCAUUGGAGGAGGACAGUAGCAAGGGAACAAUAUUAUUUAGGAGAUUCCACUUGUUCUGUAUGUUUUUCCUGGCGGUAGUGAUGUCCUUCGCGGUGACAGCCGACGUAGUUCACAAUAUAGAUGACUUGAAUGAAGCGACCGAAUGCGCACUGAUUUGUACAGCAUUUUACCUUUGUGUAGUCCGUUUGCUAGUGUAUUCGCUCCAUCAGAAGGACAUGUUCUACGUGGUGAAGACGAUGAAAGAGGAUUGGAUCUUGUCCUCUCAUGAAGAUCGAAAAAUUUUAGCGAAGAAAACGAUGUUUGCCUUUCGUCUCGCGAAAUAUUUUAUCAGUACCGUGGCUAUGACGAUUGUACUGUUCAUGUGUAUCCCGUUUUUAGAGAUUUACGUGUUUGAUAACAACGAAAGGGUACUUCCGUUUCGAGGCUAUUUUUUUAUCAAUCAUACCAUAUCACCGGUGUUUGAGUGCCUUUAUUUCUUUAACGUAACAGCGGGUGGCUUUGGCGGAAGUAUGAUUGCCGGUGCUACCAGUUUCAAUCUGGUGGUAAUAAUGCACGGUUCGGGCAAGUUUGCAGUUUUGCGGAAAAGGCUGGAGGCUCUCAGUGGAGAAGAUCCUAAUUCUACCGCUAUCAUGAACAAUUACGUGAUUCGUCACCAGAAAGCGAUAGAGUGGGCGUCACUUGUCCUAUCACGAAUUUGCACUUUAAUUUGUUGGAUGUAUGAUGUUGUUGCACGGUACGCAGAUGCACUGGAAAGGAUCAUAAAUGUUCUGGCUUUGGGGCAAUUCGUCACUAGCACCGGUCUGAUCUGCUUCGCGGGAUUCCAGAUUACCUCGAUGAUGAAGGACAAGGGUCGCCUGAUGAAAUAUUCGACCUUCUUGAAUUCGGCCAUUCUUGAGCUGUUCAUGUUCAGCUUCAGUGGAAAUGGCUUGAUCGACGAGAGCGGAGCAGUGGGUGACUCCGCUUAUGGCAGUGGAUGGAUCGGCAGCAGAUUCAACCAGAAUCUUCAGAUCAUGAUGAUGCGCGCGAGGAGUCCCAGCAAAAUCACCGCGGCAAAGUUCUAUGCCAUGUCCUUGGAGAGCUUCUCAGCGGUUCUGAGUACGUCGUUCUCAUACUUCACGGUCCUUACAGCCACCGAAGGCGAUUAAUGGUCUCACCAAUGAACGUAGAUGUUUGUACGACAAGCUUUACGAUUGUAGACGGCAUCCCAUGAUGACUCAACUUACAGAGAAUAUAAGUACUUUAGUCGCUCCACUAGCCUAAAAAUAUCCGUGUAAAACAAAGUGUCGACGGAAAGUUCGUGUUUUCUUUCUCGUUCUUAAGAUCGAUGGAUAUCUUCUGGUGUAGAUCGCAUCCAAAGACAAUUGGAAUCGAGAUAGAAACUCUUACAAUAAACUAGGAAACAGAGGAUUUU